GUCGGAGCCUUAGAGUUCUGGGAAAGGCAUUUAGGCUGGAAACUGCACAACUGACACUGCGUUAGUCAGGGUUUGCCUUCCUACAUGACAACAUGAGGUAUCUUCUCUUCAUCUCAAUAGUGGUUUUCUUCUGGACACAGCCAGCAUCCUGCCAGAGGCCAUCAACACAAAACAGAACAGUACCUGUUUUCUUAUGUGGAGGAGAACACUCGGGUGAUUAUGGGUAUAUUGGCAGUGAAGGCUUUCCCAACUACUACCCACCCAAUAAGCACUGCACUUGGAAAAUAACGGUCCCUGAAGGACAGGUGGUAAUGCUGUAUUUUAGAAUCUUUGACCUAGAAUCAGAUGUAAGCUGUCGCUAUGACUACCUGGAGGUCUUCAAUGGUCACACCACCACGGCUCAGCGUCUAGGACGCUUCUGUGGCACCUUUCGGCCUGGAGCUAUCCUGUCCACUGGUAAUACAAUGAUGCUAAGAAUGGUUUCAGAUGAGCAGACAGGAGGGAGAGGUUUUCUGGCACAAUACUCAGCUGGUGCACCACAUGUGAACGAUGAUCAGUUUUGUGGUGGGAAACUGCAGAAACCACAGGGUACCCUGAAUACUCCAGAUUGGCCUGAAAAGAAUUACCCGGCAGGCAUCAGCUGCUCCUGGCACAUUAUCGCACCACCUGACCAUAAAAUUCAUUUCACAUUUGGGAAGUUUGACAUUGAACAAGAUAGUUACUGUCGCUAUGACUACGUGGCAAUCUUCAAUGGUGGACAAAAUGAUAACUCCAAGCGGAUUGGAAAAUAUUGUGGGGACAGAUCUCCACAACCCAUCAUGUCUACUGGAAAUGAGUUGCUGAUUCAGUUUGUCUCUGACCUGAGUGUGACUUCUGGUGGAUUUGAAGCAUCUUAUGUUAUGAAGCCAUUAUCAGGUACUGAAGAUACAGCUUUGCCACCUGCAUCUCUAUCCACCCCAAAGCCAACAAAGAAGUCAACCAUGACCACCACUGCUGCCACUAGUGUUGGGACCCCAAAGCCAAAGCCAAAACCAAAGCCAACAAAGAAGACACAAGUUUCAAAAGUUGAUGUGGAAUCUCACAGGCCUGAUGAAGUCACUCAAGCCACGUGUCAAGAAAGAUGUAAGAAGACAGGAACAAUCCAGAGUAACUUCUGUUCCAGUGAUUUUGUACUCACUGGGACAGUAAAGUCUGCAGCAAAAGGAGCUGAUGACAGAGUCCAUGCCACUAUUUCCAUCAUUAAGGUCUACAAGGAGGGCAACUUACGCAUCCAGCAAGCAGGGCAAAGCAUGACUGUGAAAGUUAUUGCAAUCUGCAAGCGCUGUCCACUUCUCAAGAGAGGUCUAAGCUACAUUCUGAUGGGCCAGGUUGAUGAGGAAGGCCGAGGCAAACUGCUGCCAGAAAGCUUCACUCUGCUUUACAAGGCUCCUCAGGAAAAUAUCCUGAGAAAUCUACAAAAACGAUCAUGCUGAGGUCAUGGGCGGAAAGGUGAAACCCUAACUAUGCCAAGCAAGUAGAACGCUGUCAAGCAUUGUGUGAUGCAAGACCUGGGGGUAGGGUGAGAUUUGAGGGUUGGGGAGUUUAGGGAUAUAGACUGAGAAAUAAAACUCUUGCCUCAUGGUACAAGAAAUUCACAUUCUCAGUAUUAAAUGUAAGACUCUGUUUAACCUGUAAGUUUUGUCUUUUUACUAAAGAUUUUUAAAACAUGAA